AUGCACUCCGAUGCUGUCGGUCCUGAGAUGUUCGGAAUCGGUAAAUUCUUAGGCGGUGGUGGGAUUCAGUACAGCGCUCAGUGCAUCUGUGAUGAUGUUACUGGUGAUUGUACGGUCUGUCAUGGUAAAUUGGAUGCGAUGCAAGCUGCAGUCGGCCUGGCUAAUCCUCUACGUGUCGAGCAAGACUUUGGAAAGGCCAUGUGGUACUGGGCUGAUUGCACUUCCGAUUCUUGGAUGGACUUCUACCCUUCUGAUGGUGUAGCUAACUGCAGUGAGGAGGAUCUCCAAGAUGCUAUGGAAAAGUGUUGGGCAUUUGAUAGAGAUGUUUACGGUGGCCCCUAUAAGGCGAAGUCCAUCUACUUCCCCAAGGAUAUGAGCAUUGAAACUUUGGAGUAUCUCGCUCAAGCCUCGGUCGACCCAGUGUGUCAAAAUGCUGGUGAUUGUGUGAUGCUCUUAGACUUCUACGGUCAUGCCAUGUCAGAAGAGCCCGAAGACUGUGACCCAAGUGCUGGCAAGUGUACCUCUUUCGAUCAUCGAACGCCCGGGUGGCACCUGCAAAUGUUGGCUAUUUGGGAUAAGGAUGAGCCAACUCCCACUGACAAACUUGCAUGGAUUCAGCAGACUUAUGACUCGGUCUUUCCAGUGUCGCUCGGUGAAGCCUUUCAGAAUUACAUCGAUUCUGACUUGGCUGAAGGCCGUGAGUGGAUCAGUCAGUAUUUCCCUAAUGCGGAUACUUAUCCAAGACUUCAACAAGUGAAGUGUCGAUAUAAUGGGAUUGACAUGUUCAACUUUGCGGCCAUUGACUUGAUGACUAUUGAUAUUGAUGACGACAUAUGCGGAGUAGAUACCACUACGACUACCGAGGUCCCUACCACUACGACUACUGAGGUCCCUACUACUACGACUACUGAGGUCCCUACCACUACGACUACUGAGGUCCCUACCACUACGACUACUGAGGUCCCUACCACUACGACUACUGAGGUCCCUACCACUACGACUACUGAGGUCCCUACCACUACGACUACUGAG